AACAGGAGCUUAAACGGCGCAAAGUUAAUUUUUACUUGUACAAAUUGUCCACAUCAAAUCAGACCUGUCAAACAAAUAUUUUUAUAAAAUUUAUGCAUAACUAUGGAUGACAUCACAAGUGUUGUAUCUAGCACAAUAGAUCAGGAGAGCAGUGACUUGUACCGACUAAGCCAGUCGAUCUGGAAUCAACCAGAACUUGGUUUCAAAGAACACUUUGCUCAUGCUGAAUUGACUGAUUUUUUGGAAAAAACUGGUUUUGUUGUGGAGAAGUCUUUCAAGCUUGUGACAGCGUUUCGAGCGACAUAUAAACAUAUUGAAGCAUCAGUUUCGACUUCAGGCCCGAAUAUUGCUAUUUUAUGCGAAUAUGACGCUUUACCAGGGAUUGGACAUGCAUGUGGACACAAUCUCAUAGCUGAAGUUGGUGUGGCCGCAGCUCUUGCAGUUAAAGCUGCUAUGAUUGCAAACCCAGAACAGUUCAGUGGAACUUUGACAGUGCUUGGAUGCCCAGCAGAGGAGGGACUUUGUGGGAAGGCAGAUCUGCUACGUCUUGGAGCAUUUGAUGGUAUAGAUGUGGCUGUAAUGGCUCACCCAUCACAGACUACUCUUGCUACACCAAAUUAUGUUUCAAUGUCACCGUUAUCAGUAAAGUACUUUGGUAAGGCAGCACAUGCAUCCUCGUAUCCUUGGGAAGGUUUGAAUGCUCUAGAUGCUGCAGUGGCGUGUUACAACAACAUAUCUAACCUCCGACAACAGAUGAAACCUAAUUGGAGAGUACACGGUGUAAUCAAAAAUGGUGGUGCACAACCCAAUAUCAUACCAGAGGAAACAGAAUUAGAGUAUUAUUUGAGGACACCGACAGAUGACGAAAUGGUGACCCUGAAACAGAAGGUGGAGGGUUGUGUACAGGGAGCUGCCCUAGCUACUGGUUGUACAGUUGAGAUGAAGUUCAGUGAUAAAAGCUACUCAAAUCUGUUGUCAAAUAAAACACUUGUGGAACUGUUUGUGAAGAAUGCAGUACCAUUUGGUAUAGAAUUUGAAACAAAUGAAGAAAAGAAGAGAAAAUUUGGAGGAUCUACAGACAUGGGAAAUGUUUCGCACGUGAUUCCGAGCAUCCAUCCUAAGUUUUACAUUGGUACCUCUGUUAGUAACCAUUCUAAAGAGUUCACAGUUGCUGCAGGAGAUAUGAAAGCUCAGAAAUACUCACUGGACAUUGCUAAAGCACUAGCAAUGACUGCCUUAGAAGUAUACCAUAAACCAGACUUGAUGAAUCAAAUAAAAAUUGACUUUAAUAAAGACAUUUCUGGACAAUGAAGCCAUAAAAACUUCAUAGAAUCCCAAGAAUUGUCUAAUCAGAAUAUUUAGAAUGCUUUCCUUUCAAAUAUUCAAGUGAUAUAGUCAGGUAUUAGAAGAAAUAUAACUGCUGAAAACCAAAGAAAUGUGUAAGUCAUAUAAGGCCUUUAUCAUUAAAAUUCAUGAUUUUAUGGCAAACAAAGACAUUCUGAUGGGAAAGUUGGUUGUGUAAUUAUGUCUCCCCCCCCCCCCCUCCCUCUGGGGGAGACAUAUUGUUUUUGCCCUGUCCGCCCAUAUGUCCGUACGCCACACUUCAUUUCCGAUCAAUAACUGGAGAACCAUUUGACCUAGAACCUUCAUACUUCAUAGGAUGGCAGGACUUAUGGAGUAGACGACCCCAAUUGUUUUUGGGAUCACUCCGUCAUGUCAAAGGUCAAGGUCACAGCGGCCUGAACAUGGAAAACCAUUUCCGAUCAAUAACUUGAGAACCGCUUGACCCAGAGUGUUGAAACUUCAUAGGAUGAUUGGUAAUGCAGAGUAGAUUACCCCUAUUGAUUUUGGGGUUACUGUGUUAAAGGUCAAGGUCACAGGGGCCCAAACAAGGAAAACCAUUUCCGGUCAGUAACUUGAGAACCACUUGACCCAGAAUGAUGAAACUUCAAAGGAUGAUUGGUCAUUCAGAGUAGAUGACCCCUAAUGAUUUUGGGGUCACUCUAUUAAAGGUCAAGGUCACAGGGGCCUGAACAUGAAAAACCAUUUCAGAUCAACAACUUGAGAACCACUUUACCCAGAUGUUGAAACUUCAUAGGAUGAUUGGACAUGCAGAGUAGAUGACCCCUAUUGAUUUUGGGGUCACUCAGUUAAAGUUGAAGGUCACAGUGGUCUGAACAUGGAAAACCAUUUCCGGUCAGUAACUUGAGAACCACUUGACCCAGAAUGUUGAAACUAAAUAGGAUGAUUGGACAUGCAAAGUAGAUGACCCCUAUUAAUUUUGGGGUCACUGCAUUAAAGGUCAAGGUCACAGGGGCCCGAACAAGGAAAACCAUUUCCGGUCAGUAACUUGAGAACCAAUUGACCCAGAAUGUUGAAACGUCAUAGGAUGAUUGGACAUGCAGAGUAGAUGACCGCUAUUGAUUUUGGGGUCACUUAGUUAAAGUUCAAGGUCACAGGAGUCUGAACAUGGAAAACCGUUUCCAGUCAGUAACUUGAGAACCACCUGACCCAGAAUGUUGAAACUUCAUAGGAUGAUUGGUCAUGCAGAGGAGAUGACCCCUAUUUAUUUUAGGGUCACUCUAUUAAAGCUCAAGGUCUCAGGGGGCUGAACAUGGAAACCCAUUUCCGGUCAGUAACUUGAGAACCACUUGACCCAGAAUGUUGAAACUUCAUAGGAUGAUUGGACAUGCAGACUAGAUUACCCUUAUUAGUCCCCUACUGGUUGAAAACCAGUUUCGGGGACUAUAGGAAUGCGCUUUUCCGUCAUUCCGUCCGUCCGUCUGUCCGUCCGUCCGUCUGUCCAUCCGUCCGUCUGUCCGUCCGUCCGUCCGUCCGUCCGCAAUUUCGUGUCCGGUCCAUAACUCUGUCAUCCAUGAAGGGAUUUUAAUAUUACUUGGCACAAAUGUUCCCCAUGAUGAGACGACGUGUCAUGCGCAAAACCCGGACCCCUAGCUCAAAGGUCAAGCUCACAAUUUGAGGUCAAAGGUCAACAGGGCUUUUUUCCUGUCCGGUCCAUAACUCUCCCAUCCAUGAAGGGAUUUUAAUAUUACUUGGCAUAAAUGUUCCCCAUGAUGAGACGACGUGUCAUGCGCAAAACCCGGACCCCUAGCUCAAAGGUCAAGGUCACAGUUGGAGGUCAAAGGUCAACAGGGCUUUUUUCCUGUCCGGUCCAUAACUCUCCCAUCCAUGAAGAGAUUUUAAUAUUACUUGGCACAAAUGUUCCCCAUGAGAAGACGACGUGUCAUGCGCAAAACCUAGACACCUAGCUUAAAGGUCAAGGUCACAAUUUGAGGUCAAAGGUCAACAAGGCGUUUUUCCUGUCCGGUCCAUAACUCUCCCAUCUAUGAAGGGAUUUUAAUAUUACUUGGCACAAAUGUACCUCAUAAUAAGACGAUGUGUCAUGCACAACUUUCAAACCCCUAGCUCAAAGGUCAAGGUCACACUUAGCAGUCAAAUGUUAACAUAGCAUGAACAGGGUCUGUUUCGUGUCCGGUCCAUAACUCUGACAUUCAUUAAGGAAUUUUAAUAUCACUUAGCACAAGUGUUCCCCAUGAUGAGAUGACGUGUCGUGCGCAAAUCCCGGACCCCUAGCUCAAAGGUCAAGGUCACAAUUGGGGGUCAAAGGUCAAUAAGGUUUUUUCCCUGUCCGAUCCAGAACUCUGUCAUCCAUCAAGGGAUUACAAUAUUACUUGGCAUAAAUGUUUCCCAUGAUGAGACGACGUGUCAUGCGCAACACCCAGUACCCUAGCUUAAAGGUCAAGGUCACACUUUGAGAUCAAAGGUCAAGAGGAUUUUUUUCCUGUCCGGUCUAUAACUUUGUCAUGCAAAGCAGGAGUUAGAUAUCAGUUGGCACAAAUAUUCCCCUGGAUGAGACAACAUGUCAUGUGCAAGAACCAGGUCCCUAGGUCUAAGGUCAAGGUCAUAUUUAGAGGUCAAAGGUCAAAUUCAAGAAUGACUUUGUACGGAACAUUUCUUCUUCAUGCAUGGAGGGAUUUUGAUGUAACUUGGACCAAAUGUUCACCACCAUGAGGCACCCUUGUUUUUAGAAUUACGUCCCUUUGUUGUUACUAUAAAUAGAUUUUAUUGUAACUUUUUUAUUACUGGCGGUAGAGAAAAAUCGAGACCACUUUUCUGUGGUACAGCAUGCAUGUUACAUCCAAUUUUUAGGUGUAUUUUGACCUAUCUCUACCUGGUAAAGAGUUUCUUGUGGACUUAUAUUAUAUAGAUUUUUUUUUUUAAAGAUUAAUUUCCCUUUGUUGUUACUAUAAAUAACUUACAUGAUAACAUUUUUAUAAUCAGCCAAAAAAAUUCAAUAUGAAAACAACUAUAGGUUUUUAUAUAUAUAAAUUUUAAUCCAAGUGUUUUGUUAUAGCAUAUUGUAUAUAUAGUACAAUAUUGUUUAUACAACAUUGACAGAUAUCAGUUCAUUAUGUUAUACUGCAGUAGAGAAAAUUAGGUGCCUUCCAGUAGGGGACUUUGUAUUGCAUGGCAAUACUUCAUUCACUUGUUGAUUUUGGGGUCACUUGAUCAAAGGUCAAGGUCACAUGGGCCUGAACAUGGAAAACAAAUUCCAUUCAGUAACUUGAGAACCACUUGACCUAGAAUGUUGAAACUUCAUAGGAUGAUUGGUCAUGCAGAGGAGAUGACCCUUAUUGAUUUUGGGGUCACUCCGUUAAAGGUCAAGGUCGCAGUGGACAGAAAAUGGAAAUCCAUUUCCAGUUUAUAACUUCAGAACCAUUUGACCUAGAACCUUCAAACUUCAUAGGGAGAUAGGAAUAACAGAGUAGGUGACCCCUAUUGUUUUGGGGGUCACUUCUUCAAAGGUCAAGGUCACAGGGGACUGAACAUAGAAAACUCUUUCCAAUCAAUAACUUGAGAACCACUUGACCCAGAAUGUUGAAACUUAAUGGGAUAAUUGGACAUGCAGAGUAAAUGACCCCAAAUGAUUUUGGGGUCACUUGGUCAAAGGUCAAGGUCACAACAGCCCGAACAUGGAAAACUGUAUCCAAUUCAUAACUUGAGAACCACUAGGCCCAGAAUGUUGAAACUUAGUGGGAUGAUUGGACAUGCCAAAUAGGUGAUCCCUAUUGCAGCCAACCAUCAGUGUCUCUUUGACUUUCGCUCUUCUCCCCUAUUGACUUCUUGCAUAUACGACUAUGCAGUGGGGGAGACAUGUGCUUAUUUACAAAAGCAUCUUCUAGUUUUGGUAUCAUUUGGAACCAUAUUUGUGUGUGUGUGUGUGUGUGUGUGUGUGUGUAUUCUAAGUUUAUUUAUUGUCACCACCAGUUACCCAUAUGGAUGAGAAGAUGUAAUGAUUUUAAUAGCUCACCUGUCACAUAGUGACAAGGUGAGCUUUUGUGAUCGCCCUUCGUCCGUCGUCCACAAUUUCUUGCAAACUGUGAUAGAGAUCACAGUUUGCAAUCGAUUUUAAUCAAACUUGCACACAACUUAUAUUGGCAUAAUAUCUCAGUUCCUGUCGAAAACUGGCCAGAUCCCAUCAUGGGUUCCAGAGUUAUGGCCAAAAAUUUGCUAUUUUUGCUUGUGGACAUGAUAGAGACCACAUUUUGCAAUCGAUUUUAAUCAGACUUGCACACAACUUGUACUGGCAUAAUAUGUUGGGUUUUUUUUUUCAAAAACUGGCCAAAUCCCAUCAUGGGUUCCAGAAUUAUGACCCCUUAAAUGGCCAAAAUUUGCUAUUUUGGCUUUUGCAGCCAUAUAGAGACUUCAUUUAUGGUUUGAUUUGAUACAAAUUUGCAAAAUGUCUUUAGUAGCAAUAGAUCAUGGAUUGCAUGAUGAAUCCGUCAGAUCCAAUCAUAGGUUCUGGAGUUACGGCCCCUGACUGACCCCUGAAAGAGCAAAAAUUUGCUAAUUUUUACCUUGUGAACACAAUAGGAGUGACAUUUUAAAUUUGAUUUUAACCACACUAACACACAACUUAAGUCACAAUAAGAUCUUGGAUCCUUUUGAAAACCGGCUAGAUUCCAAAAUGGAUUCUAGAGUUACUGCCCCUGAAAUGGGCAAAAUUUUCUGUUCUGGCCCUUUAAGCCAUAUAGAAGUUUCAUUUAUGUUUUGAUUUGAUACAAACUUGCACAGUAUGUUUGUCUUGAUGAUCUCUAAGAAAAGUUCGUAACUGGGUCAUAUGGGGUAAAAAACUAGGUCACAAGGUCAAAUCAAUGGAAAAGCUUGUUAACACCCUAGAGGCCACAUUUAUGACCCUAUUGUCAUGAAACUUGGAAAGAAUGUUUAUCUUGAUGAUUCCAAGGCCAAGUUUAACAGGUGAGUGAUAUAGGGUCAUCAUGACACUCUUGUUUGGAGGAAAAUGCAAGAUACACACACUCCAAUUCCAUAAGCUGAUCUGAUACUUAAGCAUGUCAGUUGUUAAGCAUCCAUUCAUGAGACUAUUUUUACAGAGAAUGUUAGAAAUUUAAGUUGGAGAAGCUUGAUCAGCCCUAGGAUUUGUGUCUGGUGUCCUGAAAUAAAACAUUUUUUGAUUAUACAGUGAAUAAGAAAAGAAAACAACUUCAAAGAAUGUGGUGUGUUACUGAUCUUUAUUUUAUGUCAGACGACAGUGAUAUGAAUUCAUACAAAUAUAUUAAUAUAGUAUAAAUAUUAAGUAUUAAAUAACUAUUUGAAUGUGUGUAUGAAAUGUCAUCAAAUAUAGGUAUUAUAAAAUGCUGAUAAUAACCACAUACAUGAAAUUUAGUAAAAAGUUAUCGUUUGAGAAAAUUAAGCACACAAAAGACCUAACAGUCUGACUGAUUUCACAACAGUAAUACCUACACACACCUAUCUAAUUUCGCGCCACAUGUUUUAUUUGUGUUUAUGGAUUUCUUAUUAUCCCCCAACGAAAGUCGGAGGGAUACAGUUUUGGCGUUGUCCGUCCGUCCGUCUGGAGCCAUAUCUAGGAAGUGGUUGGGAAUAUUUAUUUAAAACUUCAUAUACAUGUUCACCACUAUGAGUUCUUGCGGCCCGUCAAGUUUCAGUCAGAUUGCCCAAGUAACACCAGAGUUAUGGCCCUUAGAAGUUUCUAGUGUUAACUAUAUAGGGUACUAUAAAUAUGGCAAUUUCUGCAUCAUAACUUUUGAUAUAUUUGACCUAGAACUAUGAAACUUAAACAGAAUUUAGAUCACCAUAAUGUGGUUGUGUACACACAAUUUCGUUCGGAUUUAUUUGUAAAUUAAGAGUUAUUGCCCUUUAAUUGUAUAAAAAUCCACAUAUUUGUACAUAACAAACUUACCAUUUGGUAGAAUUUCAUUAAAUUUCUUUCAUUCUUUUCCAUGAACAUUUAUUGUAAACAUGUGAAGUUGUGUACCCACACCUGGUCACCCCCUUACCUUGAUCACACCCUUCCCCCCCCCCCCCCCCCCCCCCC